AUGGAAAUAGAAAUACUGAUACAAUCCACUUCUAAGGUUAUCUUUAUAAUCGCCAUAUUAUAUCAAUAUCGUUACAAUAGAUUACAUCGAUCGAUAUACGGACUGUCGUAUGACAUGUAUAUAUUGUCAUUGAUUAAUUGUUUUCUGUCGAUUUGGUGUACGUUAAAUUAUAAAUUUUCACCACUUAUAAGACAGCAGUUAGGAAAUCGAUAUCCAUUAUUCUAUUCAAUAGAUGACAACUCAGAUAUACCCAUUUCUCUGGCAUUGCUUAUUCUCGAUAUAACGACAUUGUUUAUUUCAUUGUUUGUAUUAAGGCAACUUAUAAUGUACCGAUCAUCAAAGCAUGUACAUCAGGGCAUCUCAAAGUUUUGCAUUUCAGUGAUACUUCUAUUUGCCAUUUUUAAUGUUUUCACUUACACAUGCGCAUGUUACAACUUGCCAAUAUCUUCAGGACGUUUUGGUGUCUUUUACCUUGAACAUAUAAACUAUAUGUGGGUGGAAGGAAAUCUGCUUGGUUCAUUUAUUUUGUUACCUCAGAUAUCAUUGAAUUGGAUGGGUCAAUCAACAACAGGGUUAUCAUCAAAGUUUGUUGUAUUGAGCUUUAUUAGCAUAUUAACAAAUUUGUUAGGAUCAAAUUUGGCACCACAGAAUUUAUUGUUUUAUGAGAGGGCGUUUAAUUUUAAACCGAAUUUUGUACAAAUAAUUCAGUUUUUAUCUAUCAUCAUUAUUCUAUCACAAGCACAAUACUUCUAUAGAGGUCUAAAACCUCAUCUUCCAAAGGGAAAGUCCUUUUUGUAA